CGCGCAUUAAAGCAGCUGAGUUAGAUCACUGGCGGUGAACAAGUCCAGUCAACAUGGCUACCUUCGUGAGGAAAGCAGCCCACAAUAUAGAAACGCGAAAGCGGACAGAUGAUGUGAUUCUGUCAGAGGGAAUCGACUUCAGCUCCUUGCUGCUCUCCCAGGCCGUGCUGGACGGACUGUCCUCCGCAGGCUUCCAAAAACCCUCCCCGAUUCAGCUUAAGGCGAUCCCGCUGGGCCGCUGCGGACUUGAUUUGAUUGUACAGGCCAAGUCUGGCACGGGGAAGACAUGCGUGUUCUGCACCAUUGCCCUGGACUCUCUGGUCCUGGAAAAUCCUGCAACUCAGGUUCUUGUCCUGGCUCCUACACGUGAGAUAGCGGUGCAGAUCCACUCAGUAGUGAUGGCCAUAGGCUGUGCCAUGGAGGGCCUCGAGUGCCAUGUUUUCAUUGGGGGCAGGCCUGUGAGUCAGGACAAAACCCAUCUGAAGAAGUGCCAUGUAGCUGUGGGCUCACCCGGUCGUAUCAAGCAGCUUAUUGAGCUGGGGAUGUUAUCCACCGCCAGCAUCAGACUGUUUGUUCUGGAUGAGGCAGACAAGCUGCUGGAGGAGGGCAGCUUCCAGGAACAGAUUAACUGGAUCUUUUCCUCUCUGCCCGUGAACAAACAGAUGCUCGCACUCUCAGCCACCUACCCAGAAUCCCUUGCUCAGCACCUUACCCGCUACAUGAGAGAGCCCACUUUUGUCAGACUCAAUCCCAGUGACAUGGGCCUUAAAGGCCUGAAGCAGUAUUACAAGCUAGUGCAGUCUGAUCCUUUACCCCACAAGGUUUUUGAGGCGAAGGUGGAGCACUUGCUAGAGCUUUUCAGUAAAAUCCCAUUCAACCAGGCACUAGUGUUCUCCAACCUACACACAAGGGCUCAGCACCUGGCAGACAUCCUGUCCUCCAAGGGCUUACCUGCUGCUUGUAUUUCAGGUGGUCUGAGUCAGGACCAGAGACUGGAGGCCAUGUCAAAACUGAAGCAGUACCAGUGCAGGGUGCUCAUCUCCACUGACCUGACUUCCAGAGGUAUAGAUGCAGAUAAAGUAAAUUUGGUGAUAAACCUUGACGUGCCACAGGACUGGGAGACCUAUAUGCACCGUAUUGGACGUGCUGGCCGCUUUGGCACUCAGGGGCUGGCAGUGACCUACUGUUGCCAUGGUGAGGAGGAGAACAAGAUGAUGGCCAUCGCUCAAAAGUGCAGCUUGAGAUUGUCUAUGUUGCCAUCCACCAUAGAGCCUGGGUUGAUGGACGAGCAGUGUGACUGGGAUGUCUGCACUGAGGCUUCCACUCCAGGCCCUAUACCCCAGCUCUUCUCCUCCAAGAUAGAGAAGAAGAAGCGGCAGCAUGCCAAGUCAGUCCAAGAUCAAGCUCUGGAGCACAGCAGUCAAAGGAAGCCAGAGAAGACCCAUCCAGCGCCCAGGCUGGGAGCACACGAUGACGGCAAUCUGAAAAGAGCUUCUCCUGCAAAGGACACUCUACCACAUGGUCCUCCACUGGUGGUGCCGACUCGAAAAGAGCAGCAAGACGCUCUGCCCAAGAUCUCUCCUCUCAGCUCGUUCAAGAAUUGUAGGUCAAGGUUUUUGGCCUUUGAGGAGGCUGAGCGGGACUACCACAGCUUCAUUACCACAGGGUUGGGGAGAUCAGUGGAAGUGGUUAGGGAGUUCAGAGGUGGAGAGGACGGUGAGUCGAAUGGGCAUAGAGAGUCUUUCACACUUAAUGAUGACGGAAGUCAAAGUUUAAAACAAAACAGAGAACAGUGGAAAUCUAACAUUUCACCUCCAAGGUCAGUUUCUGGUUCUUCAAACUCGCAAUCUGACGAAGACGAUGAGACAAAUCAGACCAGAGGACAUAAAUACAGAGCAAUCACUAAGCCUCAGACUGAAGCUAGAGAAUCACCCACACUGUCCAAACCCAAAACGUAUCACCAGACAGCCUGUGCGUCAAGUGCAAGAGUUUCGUCUCAGCCUGAGAACUAUGAUCCCAUACCAAUCGUUAAAUCGAGCGGGCAUCCGAGUCAGACGGCUCCAGCACAUACUGACAGAAAUGAAUCCAGAAAGAUUAAACAAAAUACUGUGAAACGGAGCAAAAAGAUUUCAGAGAAGAUAAACAGAGAGCAAAAGAGGGAAAGGGAUGAAGGAGAACAUGAUUAUGAUGAUGAUGAUCAUGAUGAAGAGGAGUGGAGUGCUGAAACGUACUGGAGAGCCAGCUACAGAGCCUGGAAUGAUUACUACGCCUCUAUGUCUCCUUUUCAAGAGCAAAAUUACCAAAGCUACUACGGUGUAGCCCACAACUGGAUGGCGGCUUAUCGUAUGAAUGCCGUCUACAUGGAAGAACUCCUGAAACACUGACAUUUCUAUACUGUUAAUCAGGACGUCCAAUCGUGCUGUUGUCUGAAUGUCACCUGCAAAAAAUUGAGUACAAAAGUUUGCACUUCUAGUCAAACAUAUUGCUCAUACUAUUUUUCAAUGAAUUCAUACCAUAACCUGUAUGCCCCUAUUACCUUUCUAAUAAAUUACAAGUAUGGAGCAUGUA